AUGUCUGCUACUAAGAACGAGAAUACUGACAAACUCGCUGGCAGCCAGGAAGAGAAGAUCAUCUCACAACCUUCACAAACUGAACAGCUCACCGGAUCAAUGGAUCAGCUCACUGUGACAACAGGCGCAGAUCAGGGUGGUGCAUUUCGCCCAAAAUCUCCAGGCUUAGCGCAAUCUGCGCCAAAUGAGUUCAAGAUCUCAACUCAACUGUCCCGGUUGGCAAUGCUCAACCAAAUACAACAGGGAUGUACGGAUCAGCUGGCUACCUCAAUAGACGAAGUGGAGAGCCAAAUCGAGCUACUCAAGGAGAUUUGGGCGGAAUUCAGAGCGGAUCACGAGCAGCUGGGUGCAACGUGCAAAAGAAACUUCUUUGAUCACCCGUACGUUACUGGAAAAAUCUAUGAUCUGGCACUCACUGCGUACCACAAGGCCUCGCACGAGCUCAACACCACCAAGGCACAGAUCAAGGCCCGAUCAACCGAGGACAGGCGAGCAAGCUCAGAUCAAGCUAGGCACAGAUCAACGUUGCCUGAAAUUAAACUCCCGCAGUUUAAUGGGGAUUAUCAGGAGUGGCCUGCCUUUAGAGAUUUAUUCAAGUCGCUAGUCUUUGAGGACGUGUCACUUACCAAUAUUGAGAAGCUGCAUUAUCUCAAGACCAGCAUGAGAGGAGCAGCUGCUCAAAUCAUCUCAUCUGUGUCCAUGUCAGGUGACGCAUUCUAUCCUGCAUGGAAUCAGAUUUUGCAACGAUUCGAUGACAAGGAAAGGCUCAUCCUGGCACAUGUGGACCGACUCUGCUCCAACACCUCCCAAGUUAAACGAACAGCUCAUGACUUGCACCAACUUGUCACUGACAUAACGGAGAUCAUCGACGCGCUCAAGGCAAUGGGUGUGCCAGUCCACUCUUGGAAUUAUGUCCUUCAACACCUCAGCCUAAAGCGACUGGACGCGUCACUGCGAGAGUCCUGGGAGGUGAAACGCAGCUCAUCCAUGGAACCUCUCACCUUCGAUCAGCUCAUUGAGUUCAUUAAAGCGCGUGCCAAGGCACUCGAAGUAGUUCAGACCACCAGGGGCACUUCAUCAUCUGUUGGGUCAUCGAGAUCAGUGCCACGAACAUUGACUCAACAACCGAGAGCAUCUCAUCAGGCUUCAAGGGCACCGCUACCUACCCAAUAUCCAUGUGACCAUUGUGGUGGUCAGCAUUACAUCGUAUCCUGCCUGCGACUUACAUCCUGCGGACCGCUACAAGGUUGUAACGAACCAACGAUUGUGCUACAACUGCCUUGGGCACCACAACUUAAUGUCAUAUGCCAGCUCAAGAACAUGCAAGACAUGUGGUGCACGGCACUACACGAUGAUUCAUCUACCAUCCAACAGACCAACUCAACCACAGCCGUCCACUCACUCGCAACAGCUCAAGCAACACUCAUUACAUCACUGACCACUCACCCAGUCCGACUGCUCAUAGACCCUGAAUCAGAACUCACAUUGGUCUCAAAUCACCUUGUCAAUACUUGUGCAUUGACUCAGCAGCACUCAUCAGUAGCAAUCAUUGGAAUAGGAGGAUCACAGUCUACUCAAACAAGGGGUGUCACCAUACUUCAGCUCAAAUCAACCCAUUCCUCACAAUCUGCUAUUAUCAAUGCUCACAUUCUCAACAAGUUGACGAAUACACUGCCGUCAUUCCACGUGAGACACCAAGAGUGGCCACAUCUAUCAUCAUUGCAGCUGGCCGAUCCAAAUUUUCUAACUCCAAGGCCCAUGGACGUCAUCAUCGGGGCAGAUUCUUAUGCACAGAUCAUCAAACCAGACAUGAUACAGCAUGAUAGCUCAUCACCUAUGGCUCAACUUACAAUCUUUGGUUGGGUAGUUCUUGGUCCAAUCAUAAACAAUCACUCAUCAUUGCACUACACUCAUCAUAUCACCAGUGAAUCAGCGCACCAAGAGCUACAAGAUUUACUCACCAAGUUCUGGGAACAGGAAGAAGUACAUGCAUCUACUGAGCCACAACUGACCCCAGAAGAGCAGGCAUGCGAAGAUCAUUUUAAAUCAACACAUUCACGAGACGAAUGUGGCAGAUACACAGUACGAAUUCCACUCAAGUCUUCACCGAAUAUCUUACGAGAUUCGGAGCUCACAGCACGACGAUGUUUACGACGACUCAUGAAAAGACUCAAUACUGACGACUCACACAGACUAUUGUACAACUUAUUCAUGAAGGAGUAUGAAGAAAUGGGUCACAUGAGACGUGUCCCACAUACACAAGAUGGAACCUUUCAACAAUUUGAGCCUGUUACUGACGAUCGGUUGAACGAGAUGACCUCGGCACAUGAUGCUUCGGCAUCAGGAAGGUUGAGGGUCUCUGGAGACCGGUCAGAGGUGCGAGCUCAAACUCAAUUUCCAUACUACCUUCCUCAUCAUGGAGUAAUAAAACAAGAUCGAGUCAGUAACAGGUUAAGAGUCGUGUUCAACGGAUCGAGCCCAACAACAUCAGGGAUUUCGAUCAAUGACAUCCAGUACCUAGGUGCGAAAAACCAACGAGACAUCCUUGAUGUAUUACUGUGGAUUCGACAACACAAGUACAUAUUCACCGCAGACAUCACAAAGAUGUAUCGUCAAAUCAAAGUUCAUCAAGACGACUGGGAUAUGCAAAGAAUCAUGUGGGUCGAUGAUCAGCUCAACGAGGUCCCAUACCAACUGACUACAGUGACGUAUGGAACCAGAUCAGCGCCGUUUCUGGCAAUUAGAACAGUACUACAAUUAGUCGAAGAUGAAGGUCAUCACUUCCCACUCGCCAUUGAACCUCUCACCAAGGGUAGAUAUGUCGAUGAUAUUUUUGGAGGUUCUGAUCAGAUCAUCGAGCUCAUCGAUAUAUCACGACAAGUAACCCAGCUCUGCAUGGCGGGCGGGUUUCCAUUAGCGAAAUGGCACAGCAACAACCAAUUUAUUCAACGCAUUGCUCAACAGUCUCCAAUUAAGGAGGCAUAUUUAUUCGAAGAUAGCAGCAUAAAACUCUUAGGCCUGUCAUGGAUACCUUAUUCCGAUACGUUCAAGCUUACUCAUACGCCACCAUGCUCAAGUUCCAAGCUCACAAAGAGAAUCAUCUUGUCAGAUACAGCACAACUCUACGAUCCACUCGGAUUCUUGUCACCAUUCAUAGUGCGAGCAAAGGUAUUGCUCCAACAACUCUGGCUAGAAAAACUCAAAUGGGACGAUCAAGUCUCAGCUCAAAUCAAUGCCAAAUGGAACUCAAUCCGACAAGAACUUGCCCAUGUAUCAGAACUCUCAAUUCCACGCUAG